UGUUGUCUCUUUCUAUGGAAUCUGUCAGAAGAGUUUUGUGUGGUGAUCGCGAAAGGUGUACUUUUUUUUAAUAGAUCAAUUACUCUUCUAAUUAGUGCCAUUAAUCCAUCGAAAACACCUGCAAAAGCGACAUCUUUUAGUAAAUAUCGGCGAUCAUGGCCAAUCGGGAUCAUUUGCUGUGGAUAGGGAUCACUUCGGUGGUUCUCCUGGCGUUCUGCAUACAUUUGUCGUACAGCUGCAAUGAGAUGGUUUGCGCAUCCGUUGUGUCAAAAUGCAUGCUGACGCAGAGCUGCAAGUGUGACUUGAAGAACUGCAGUUGUUGCAAGGAGUGCUUCUCCUGUCUGUCCUACCUCUACAGCGAAUGCUGCAGCUGUGUGGAAAUGUGUCCAAAGCCCAAUGAAACCAAGAAUGCUCUGUCCAAGAAGUCCCACGUGGAGGAACUCGAGGGAGUUCCUGGUCUGUUCAAUGCUCUGACUGAUGAGCCUGAUAUUGAGGACAAAUGGACAAUUUUCACCUUUCCCGUGGAUUUCGAUGCUGCUCUCUACGGUGCUAAGCUCGAUCGGGAUCACACUUUCUAUGUCCAUUCGUCGGAGCAAGAACUGGAGUCAUCGCUGAAGAACGAGAAGAAUAUCGUGACACUCAACUGCACGGUCGCGUACUUGUCUCAGUGCAUGUCCUGGAACAAGUGCAAAGAUCACUGCAACAGCAUGGGUGCAACGAGUUACAGGUGGUUCCAUGAUGGAUGCUGCGAGUGCGUCGGUUCCACGUGCAUCAACUAUGGAAUCAAUGAAAGUCGAUGUCUCAUGUGCCCGGAAAACAAGGAGGAUGACUUCGAGGAGAUGCCCAGCGAGGAUGAUUUGGACUAUGGGGAGGGUAUGGGACCGCUCGAUGGUACCCUGGAGAACAACAUGUAAAGUCUAAGGGGCACAAAUCUCUAAUAUCAAUCUCUCUCUCUAAAAUCUCGACAGUUUUUCUUUUUUUUUCGUUUUUCACGAAAUCCAACAAAUAAUACUCUUGCCAUAAGAUCAAGGGACAAUUUUACUUAUUAAUGAACAAAAAAAAAAGUAGCAAAAGUACUUUUCAAAACAAAAAUACGUACUUGGAAUGUAAUUUUUUUAUUUAAAAAAAAAAAGAUGAAUUUUUAUUUUUUAUUCUUUUUAAAGAAAAUCAUGUGCCUGCAAAAAAAGUGCCUUAAGUAUUGGAGGUUUCUUAAGUUAAGAAGAGAAAAAAAAAGCUCUUGUAAAAGUAUUUAGAAACAAUUCCGGACCAUUUAUUGAAUGUAAAAUGAUUUAUAUUAUAUUUUUUUUUGGUGAGAAAAAAAUAUUUUCAAGAAGAAUCAUAAAUGUAUGAUGAAGAAAAA